AAAGUCAGUGACGACGAAUCUGCACCGGAAGUAAAAGCAUGUGUUGGUUACAGAGAAUGUGUGUUAAAGGGCAGUGACGUGUGUGUUGAGUGUGUGUUGAGUUGUGUGUUGAGUUUGUGUUGAGUUCAGUUUUAUUUCUGUUUAAUUCUCAUCUACAGGACGGUGUGAAGAGCUGAUAAAGUGCACAAUGCUCCAGAACACAGGAAAGCUGUCAGGUUGCACCCUGUUCAUCACCGGGGCGAGUCGUGGCAUCGGGAAGGCCAUCGCACUGAAAGCUGCCCGUGACGGUGCCAACGUGGUGAUCGCUGCCAAGACGGCGGAGACGCACCCCAAACUGCCAGGGACCAUUUACACGGCCGCCGAGGAGAUUGAAGCGGCGGGAGGAAAAGCUCUGCCGUGUAUCGUGGAUGUUCGUGAUGAGAAGCAGGUGAGCGAGGCGGUGGAGAACGCCGUGCAGAAGUUCGGAGGCAUCGACAUCCUGGUGAACAAUGCCAGCGCCAUUAACCUGACCGGGACACUGGACACGUCCAUGAAGAAAGUGGACCUCAUGUUGGGCAUCAAUCUGAGAGGAACCUAUCUGACGUCGAAACUCUGCAUCCCGCAUCUGUUAAAAAGUAAAAACCCCCACAUCCUCAACCUCAGUCCUCCUCUCAACCUCAACCCCAUCUGGUUCAAGAACCACACAGCUUACACUAUGGCCAAAUAUGGCAUGUCCAUGUGUGUCCUUGGGAUGGCUGAAGAAUUUCGUGGAUCCAUUGCUGUUAAUGCGCUGUGGCCUCGUACAGCCAUCCAGACGGCCGCGAUGGAGAUGCUCGGGGGUUCGGGUGUGGGGAAGCAGUGCAGGAAGGUGGACAUCAUGGCCGACGCUGCCUACGCCAUCCUCAGCAAACCCGUCAGCUACACGGGACACUUCGUCAUAGACGACGACAUCCUCAAGAAGGAGGGGAUUAAAGACUUUGAUGUGUACGCCGUGGAGCCCGGUCAUCAGCUGCUUCCUGACUUCUUCCUGGAUGAAGAUCCCGAGACACUGAAGAAGCAGAUGGAGAGUCACGACAAAGCGAGUGCAGAUUCUCCCUCCAGCCCCAUCGCUGAUACGUUUAAGGUGAUUAAAGGUGUGAUCAGCCCUGAGGUGGUCAAAUCCACGCAGGGGGUCUACAGAUUCCAGCUGUCCGGAGAACAUCCUGGAGUGUGGUACAUCGACAUGAAGAACGGCGCAGGUGGAGCAGGCAGUGGAGAACCUCCUGUUAAAGCAGACGUGGAGAUGAGUCUGGACAGCGACGACUUCAUCAAGAUGUUCACAGGGAAACUGAAGCCCACCAUGGCCUUCAUGUCCGGGAAGCUGAAGAUCAAAGGCGACAUGUCUCUGGCCAUCAAAAUGGAGAAGAUGAUGGCGCUGAUGAAGUCCAAGCUGUAAUAAUCUCCGUCCGAGCAUCCGACAAACUCGUCACUGUGUCUGACACAUUUUUAUAAGACGGUAUAACACUGUAGAACAGAAAAACACUGAGUGCAAAAGUUUGUGCACCCACACGUUUAAUGUGUGUGCGGUUUCACGUGCGAUCCUUCGGCUCGAACGUCUCCGAGUGUCUCAUGGUUAUUAAACGUUAUAAAGCUCCUCCAGUGCAGGAGUCACUUUAAUACAGAUGUAAAUAAUGUGUAGGUUUUGUUGUUAUUUACCUCAGAUUUGGGUUCUUUUAACUGCCAUGAAUUAAUAAAUAAGAUAAAGUACGUCAUUAAAAUAACAAGUACAUCUGA